CACCCUGUAGCGUCGGAGGUCAGAUCGUCAAAAUCCCACGCCACCUGAUUGAGCUUCCAGUGUCCACUCGGACCUCGACCUCGUGACUCCGACCAAGCUAAGGCUGCCAGUGCAAGUCGGAAACCUCGCUGCUUCUUCAACAUGUCUCCCUGCCAGCGACCAUUCCAUGGUAUGACUGCAGUGCUCGAGGCUACCCGGCAACGCUGUUUUAUAUCGCUACCGCUCACGACCAGGGGCUCCCGAACUCGGCGCCUUUGAGACGACAGCGUGCAUAUAUAUGGGACCUGUCCCACUCUGUACUGCGGCGGUCUAGUCAUACUUAGUCUCCUCCAUCUGCGUCUUCAUCAGUCUAUCGUCUGCGCCGCAGGAAGUAUCCAGAUAUAAGGCUGCUUCGGCUGAAGCCCGCUCUCCGGCGUUGGCACUAUGCUCUGGCGAAGUCUUGUUCUGCUUCUGGCGACCAUCUCGAUUGGUGCUUCGCAGGUUCCAUUCACGCCUGUGGUCAAUGUGGCUGCUCAAUCAUGGCUGUCGCGCCCUUGGAAUGAACGGCCAAGCGAAGACGCGACCGGCAACCUCAUAUUCCAGUCCUUGUCAUCUCUGCUCCAGAUGAUGCCGAAUUCCAAGCACCCUAUCGGUCAUUCCAUUACACGCGUAACAAUCCCGCAGGGCACUGUGCUCUACCACGGAAGAUUCGUGGGCGGCUGCCCGUCCAUGGACUGGAUCGCAUUCGAUCCUGAGCACGCCAUGAUGUUCGCCUUCGGAAGGAACGGUACCUUGCUAACAUACACCGCCACUCGCGACCUGCAACUCGUCUACUUUGACGGUUGCAGCGGCAAUAAGCUUGGGGGUGUGAUAGACACUCAGGAUAUCCUCAUUUGGGGCGACCCCGGGCGGAGGGGAACGCGUGAAGGCUGGCAGAAGGACGAGACGGACCGUCUGGUCUACGGAUGCGCUUGGGCGCAGCAGUACGGCAUUGACGGGUUAGUGCGGAUGGAGUUCGACUUUGAGAUCAUGUACUGCAAUUUCACUCAGGGCUUGGAGCUGGUCUCUGCCAUGUCAACUGUCAACCCCAUAGUCGACUGGGAGCCUCCGAUGCCUUUCCCAACGUCUCACCGAACACGUUCAAAAGACGAUCCUCCGCCGCCGCCGCAAGGCCCUGAUUUGCCCGGUGGCCAUUGUACGCCACAGGCGACAUUUCACGGGCUCACCAAGGAUAGAAUCGACGAGCACGAUGGUUUCAGAACUCAAGAGCCCGAUAUACCAUUCUCGUACCCCAAGGGAUGGAAAGGCGCGUUGCCUGACCUAGACAUCGAAGCGUUCCACGCAGGGACGUGGCACAACCAAUUUCCAGGAGAAGUCCGCGUGCACGUCGACCCCUCGAGUAUGAUCUCGCUCUACGACCCGGCCCUGACAUCGCUCGUAGAGGCGCGUCGUUCAAUGACGCGGGAUGAGUACCGCCCAGCGAACAUCUCCGAGGCAGACAUCGCUCGCGUGCGCAGCGACAUCGCUGAAGUCAUGACGCGCGAUCCUGCAGUGAAGACCAGGGUGGACUGGGAGGGCCUUGCGCGGGUCAUCCAGGACCGCUUCGGAGACCGGCUCCCGUUCAUGCGCCACCUCCUGCACGAGCCGGUCACCAAUGCUACCGCGCAAAUAAUGAAGGUCCGCAAGCAGCUCGUCGCCUCGCUCAUACCAUACAUGCCCCGCACAAGCAUCGGGAAGCCAGAGUGGUUUGCAACGAUAGCGCGUAAUUGUGCGGUGCGCUUCACGGACCACUUGCCUCAGACGGGGUUCACGAAGCAAGAACAAAUUCUCCUCCACGCCGUGGAGGAAGUACUGCACGAGAUUUGUCGAGUAUAUACGGAGGCCUGGGUCGAUGCCUUUGACGCGGAAGCAAAGCCUGCCAGCGUCAUCCGCGAAUGGUUGGUCAAGUGGAGGGACGACUUCGACUCACUCGUGGAAUGGCUCGACUGGCCUGUGUGGAUCAAGUGCGAUCCCGCUUGUGGUGUUGAUGAAGGCUGCUGGGUGCCCCAAGGCCAGCCAUGGACUCCGGAUGGCGGGCACGAACCACGCUGCGUUCCGAUUGACCUUGAAGGGUUUCCACCGCCAACGUCAGACUUGUGGUAGUAGUAUCUAGAUCUUGAGUAUGGUUACCGGUGGUAUGUGUGAGCUUAUUUCUACUGGAACUGCC